AUCAGAAUCUCUCUUCAGAGACCUCUACAGCUCAGAGACCAAAACAUGGCUCCAACAAUCACUGCAACGUGGACGAGCUCUCAGGAUCACUUGGCUCUGAACCACAAGCUCAGGAAGCCUCUGGUGGAGAAGUUACGCAGAGAGCGGAUCAACAGCAGCAUCGAGCAGCUCAAGUCUCUCCUGCCUCCAGAGUUCCUCAAACAGCAGCCAGACUCCAAGCUGGAGAAAGCGGACAUCCUGGAGAUGACCGUCUGCUUCAUGAGACGGCUUCUGCAGCAGAACCACCAGCAGAGCCGGCUGCUGGACCACGUCCACAAGCUGCAGACGUCCUGCGAACAGAACCUGAGAGAGGCCGACGUCUCUGCUCUGAGCUCCACAGUCCAGACCGGCAGCACCAAAGACCAGAAUCCAGAGAAAAGCCCUCUCUGGAGGCCCUGGUAGACCGACAUACAGACUUAAUCAACACC